UGGCGGCUGGUUGACUGCGCAGUUGCCGUGGCGCGCUUGGCAAGUUGUGGUCGUCGACUGUGAACAAUCCGUUUUUCUUUUCACUGCCCAGAUGUAUCCCUGAUAAAAAUGUACAAGUAUUAGCGUCAAUCAGAAUUAUAAUAAAACUAGAUUUGGCUGUUGGUCAGGCUUCCGGUAUUUGCUACUUUCACGAUUUGCAUUUUUAAGCAAUGAACUACACAGAAAGGAGUUUAAGAAUCGCACACGUGAAUUUUUUAAAACAAAAUUCAGCAACUAGAAAUUAGAGAACAAAUGGGUCAUCUGGAGGUUUUAGGGACUCGCCGCUUCCGCCCUUGUCGUAAAGACGCCUUGCUCUGACUUUUGCGACACAGCUGUCCGUCUUGACGGUUGGGAAAAAUGGCGACGCGAGGAUUUGGAUCGACUGGGCUCGAGCUCCUCCGGCGGCUGCCGCGGGUCUCCCUCGCCAACCUGAGACCAAACCCCGGAGCGAAGAAGAAGGAAAAAAGACGUGGCAGGGGAAUCCAUGGAGGGAAAAAGAGUGGCCGAGGUCACAAAGGGCAGACCCAGCGUGGAAAUCGGCCACGAUUAGGAUUUGAAGGUGGACAGACUCCAUUUUAUAUUGUUAUUCCAAAAUAUGGAUACAAUGAGGGGCACAGUUAUCGACGACAAUACCAACCACUAAGUCUGAAUCGACUUCAGUAUUUGAUAGAUCUGGGUAGAAUGGAUCCCAGUGAACCUAUUGAUCUGACCCAGUUAGUGAAUGCGAGAGGAGUUACUGUCCAGCCACUCAAACGUGACUACGGAAUCCAGCUAGUAGAGGAGGGUGCUGACAACUUCGUAGCAAAAGUAAACAUUGAAGUCCAGUGGGCAUCAGAACUUGCUAUAGCUGCAAUUGAAAAGAGUGGUGGAAUUAUAACCACAGGGUUCUAUGAUCCACGGAGUCUGGAUGUUUUAUGUAAGCCAGUGCCCUUUUUUCUCAGAGGACAACCCAUUCCAAAACGUAUGCUUCCACCUGAAGAACUGGUUCCUUACUAUACAGAUGCACAAAAUCGUGGUUAUUUAGCAGAUCCAGCAAAAAUUCAAGAAGCACGGAUGGCACUUGCUAAGAAAUAUGGCUAUACUCUACCGGACAUUACUAAAGAUGAGAUGUACAGCGUUUUAAUGAUGCGUAAGGAUCCUCGACAAAUUUUCUUUGGGCUUUCUCCUGGGUGGGUGGUAAACUUGUCUGAAAAGAAAAUUUUAAAACCAACUGAUGAAGACCUGUGUAGUUACUAUAGUUCUUGAAGCUGAUAAUGAUGUAGUUGUAAAUUAAAAGUCAAUGAUUAUUUGCCAAUGUGAGCUAAAUUAUGAAUUAAAAGACUUUUUUGUUUUAAAAUUCCUGGGUUAUUUAUUUGAGUUGAAUUUUUCUGUUGAGUUUAAGUAGUUACUGGCAUUAUAUGUUAAAAUUUAGCUAGUAACUGGUGAUACUGCUCAUGGUGAUUUGGAAGGUAUACUGUUGUUCUAUGGUUUAAUGUACAAUAUGUUUUACAUUGUAUCCUUCUGUGCUUCUGCUCUUGGAGAAAAAUUAAAAUAAAUUAAUUUUUAAUCCUUA